AUGAUAUCACCCCAAGAAAAGCAAGAUAAGGUAAUUAGGGCGACUGAUCUAGACGCUCUUAGCUGUCGUUACAGUGCAAAUAAUAAAUCGUACUUUUCGAAGCCCGAUCCAUUUAUUGAUUCUCUUAUUUCUUCAUAUAAAAUGCAUCUUCCUUUAUGCACUGGUUAUACUAAUAUGUCGGCAAAUAGAACGCUAAGGUCCGUUUUUAAUGAACAGAAAUUACCAUUGAUUAAUAGGGGUACGUAUUUGAGAACAGAGCUGAUAGAUGUUAUAACUCAAGAAUUUAUAAAAGAAUUUAAAAAGUGCCAGGUUAUAUCUUUAGGCGGUGGCUCAGACACUAGAUGCUUUAGAAUCUUGGAGGAACAUGGCGAAGAUGUUAGAUACUGUGAAAUUGACUUUCAUGAAUCAGUGAAAAUAAAAAAAUUGGCAAUUAUAAACGAUAAAAAGCUAGCAGAUAUUGUCAAGUAUGAUGAGGAGAGCCAAUCUAUAACUUCGAAGGAAGAAUUUGCAAGACUUGAGUCGAAUAUUCAUACUGAGAACUAUCAUCUUAUAGGGUACGAUCUACGUGAGUUAACAGGAGCUUUGGAUUCUGGGGCAAUACUCGAAUAUGUGGAUACGUCACUUCCAACUCUUAUACUAAGUGAAUGUGUCUUAUGCUACCUUAACCCAAAAGAAAAUGAGAGAAUCAUAGAGUUCUGGAAGAAUGCAUUUGCUUCAAAAGCAUUAUUAGCACUUUUAAUUUAUGAACCCAUGUCGUUAAAUGAUGCAUUCGGGACAACGAUGACGCAUAACUUGUCUAAUAGAGGUAUUAAUCUUUUAACUUUUAAUGAAUAUCCAAAUUUAGAAGCACGAUAUAAAUUUUUGUCAGAAAAAUGCCAAUCAUCGAAUGUUAAGUUAACAGAUAUGAGUAAUGUUGGAGGAUAUGAUUCAGAUAAUACUACGAAAGCAUGGAUAAAUAGUAAGGAUUUAGCCCGCAUCAACCGGUUAGAAUUGGUCGAUGAGAUCGAAGAAAUAAGACUCCUAUUGAAACACUAUUGUUUAUGUUAUUGUGAAUUCUCACAUAGUCCAUCAUUAAAGACAAUCAAUAAAUGGAAAUGGAUCCUUGAAUAA